AUGAUGAACGAGGCUAUCGAGGAGGAUUUGGUAUAUGAAGAUCUGCGGAAUGGUGAAGUUGACCUGAUAGACAUCAGCACAGGCGAUGUGGAAGGAGAAGAUGACUACGACGAGGAAGAGGAAGAAGAAGAAAACUCAAGCAACAACAGCAGCGACAAAACGAAUCUCCUUGCCGAUAUCGAAUUAAUCAAAUUCAAGGAGCAGAAUAUUUCCUACUACAAAAGGUUUUACGCAAACAAAAGUAUCUACUGUGUUAACUCCUUUAAGAAGUGGAUUUACUUCGGCAGCAUCAACAACAAUUGCUACUUGUAUAACAAUUUUGAUGACGACCUGAGGAAUUUCGCCCACCAGGGGGGUAGCGGCGUUAACGGGGUUAGCAGCUCCGUGGAGGGUGACCGAGUCAGCGGGAAAAUCAGCCUACAGCACCUGAAGCACCAGAAGUACACAGACACGGUGACAAACAUCAAAUUUUCAAAAAACUACAAAUAUAUCGCCUUGUGUAUAUACAAUGGAGACAUCUACAUUUACAACAAUAAUAAUAUGAACAGGUCAGAAAUUUUGAAUUACAAUAUUACCAAUUUUAAGCAGAAUAUUAACAACAGUAACUCGCUGCUUCAUAUUUAUAAUUGGAAUGUCCACUUGAGUCAUUUUAAAAAAGAAGAGGAAUGGAUUACUGAGGACAUGAAUUUUGUAAACAUCCUUACUAUUAACGAUACGAAUGAUAAGAAGGAUAUUGAGUACUUCAUGUUUUGUCCUUUUAAUGAGGAGAUCCUUUUAAGCAUUUACCUGGACUCUCCAAAUAUAUACAUAUGGAACAUUCAUCAGAACAGCCCCAUUAGCAUUACGUACACGGUGGCUAUUCCAACCUUCAUCAACAUCUGCAAUUAUGAUAGCAGCUUUUAUCUCAUUGCUGGGUUCCACAGUGGCGAGACUCACGUGUAUGAUUAUAACGUCUACAAUUUAAGGAGGCGAAAUGAGGGUAGGAAAUAUGAGUCCAGGACUAGGAGUGAGGGCAGCGGUGUGGAGGGCGGCAGACAACACCCCUCCGCGAUUGGCAACUACAGCAUUAGAGUGACUCCCGAGGGGUGCAACGGGAGUGUGGCGUCGCAUCAGUGUCAGCGGCAUCCUGGGCAGGAACCGCACCUUCCGCAACAGAUCAUGCACGAGGAGCUCGACAACAGCAACGACGUUCUCUGCAUCGACAACAACCUCGCGAACGAAAUUUACGUGGCGACGCACCGAAACGUGAUUCAGAUCUGCAGCGUCAACAACAACAGCGUCAUCAGUACGUACCAUAAUCUGCACAGCGACCUCGUAGAUUACUGCCUCUUUAACAAUAAGCGCAACAACAUUUUCGCUUCCUCCUCCCUCGACAAUAGCAUCAUUGUGUAUGACUACCACUGCAAGAAGUGCAUUAAUAAGUUUAUUGUGAAUUACGAUUUUACUAAGGUCGACACAAACAACCAGAUGGAGAAAGGAAUCAACUUCCUCAAAUGGAUUAAUACGAAUUUGCUGCUUUUCUCAAGCCUCAAUGGGAAUAUUUACAUUUAUGACAUUCGCUCGAGGCAGUGCAUCCACCAGUUUUACAGCCACACGGAUACCAUCUUCAACGUGCACUUGUCCCUGCACCUGUAUGAUCAGAAAAACAUCCUCUCCAUUCUUACCGCCAGCGACGACCGCUCCUCGAAUAUGCACUUCCUCGACAUCUCCGCGUUUAUCUAG